UGAGACUUCAAGAAACCUUCAUCAUUCGACAGACGUGUCCUUUGAUCGAAUCCCACCUUCUCAAGGACCUUGUGAACCUACUUUGGAUGGACUUGCUUCCUGCGCUCUAAACUACUCCAUCUCAUCAGAUUCUCCCCCGAGGAAUAGGAGAAUCUCUCGUUUCAGCCUCCCAGCCUCCGCGAGGCUAGACGCAAUGAUGAGGAACUGGCUUCAUGGCCUUCUCCUGCUUGGACUGUCUUGUAUGACAGUCAGCGCACUGGAAGUAAAGGUGGACCAGUCCAACGAUAAUCGACAGGUAUGCGCCGGCAUGUACAGUCGCAAGGCAUGGGGGGGAUCGGUCGAGCCACAUAUACUUGUCAAGUUCAACCAGAACACAGCACCAAAUGAUACGGACCCAAUUGCCAGCAUGAUAAUUUUUGAAUGGAAGGAUUACGACUUGAUUGGAGUUCUGCCAACGGCAGACUCAGCUGUGAAGGAAUACAUCUGCGAUCCGGAAACGAUCAAUAAUGGGUGGUGCAAUGAGAAUCAGACUGGUCAAUUUCUCUUGGAGGAAAAUGCAGCCGAAAGGUCGACGAAUUUGAUUUAUACCCAAGCGAUCCAUUUGAAGGAUCCAGGUCUGCCCACUAACUACGAGAUCAAGAAGACCGGAUACUACUGUGUUGGUUCGGCUGGGUACAAUCCUGAUGGGGUCGAGUAUACCGCGACGGUGGAGUUCCGCAACGCCUAUGGAGAGUUGCCGGCCGCUCAGAUUGCUAAACUCCCCUUCUACGGUGGGAUCACAAUUGUCUAUGCGGUAAUCGGAGCAUUCUGGGCGUUCCUAUAUGUCCAGCAUAGACAUGAUAUUCUGGCGGUGCAAAACUAUAUUACUGCAAUCAUAAUCUUCCUGAUCAUAGAAAUGUUGAUGACUUGGGGUUUCUAUGAUUACUUGAAUCGACAUGGUUCAAAUGUAGGCUCCAAAGUUCUGAUGAUUGUAGUUGCAGUCUUGAACGCAGGACGAAACUCAUUCUCCUUCUUCCUUCUUCUGAUUGUCUGCAUGGGCUAUGGCGUUGUCAAGCCAAGCUUGGGAAAGACCAUGGUUUAUGUUCGAUGGCUAGCUGGAGCUCACUUCGUCUUUGGUCUGAUCUAUUCAAUUGCAAGCUUAACGAUCACCCCUGAGUCCGCAGGCAUUCUCGUCCUCCUCGUCGUUUUGCCCCUGGCCGGAACGUUGACUGCUUUCUACGUCUGGACACUCAACUCCAUUAACCUCACUUUGAAAGAUCUCAAAGAACGCAAACAAAGCGUGAAGAUGCUCAUGUACCGCAAGCUCUGGUGGUGCAUCCUCACCUCGAUCCUUGUUAUCAUAGUCGGCUUUUUUGGCUUCAACUCCUUCACCUUCGUCUCAGCCACAGAUCCGAACUUCGUACCCUUCCAUUGGAAAACCCGCUGGUUCAUCCUCGACGGCUGGCUCAACAUAGUCUAUCUCGCUGAUGUCAUGUUCAUUGCGUAUGUCUGGAGGCCGACAGCGAACAACCGCAGAUUCGCGAUGAGUGACGAGCUAGCGCAAGAUGAUGAAGGAUUUGAGAUUGCGGACUUCGGAGCCGAGGAUGAGGAAGAUGACGAGAAUGCCGCUGCGCAUAGAGGGGACAGGACAGAGUCCGGACAAGAGGGUCCGAGAUAUGAUCCUCCCCCGGCAUCGAACACCGCGAAGGAAAUUCCGAGGGAGAGUCUUGAUGGAGAGACUAUCUUUGCGGUGGGUGAUGAGAACGAGGAUGGGGAGAGAUGGUCGGAAGAAGGCAGCGAUGAAGAAAGGGGGAGACUCGUUGGAGAGGCGAAAGAUAGCUAGCUGAUGUGACUGUUCUCAAUUUUUCUCAUGAUGGUAUGUACUAUUAGAUGUUGGGUUCCUGGGUAGCGUUUAAAACAUGUACAAUUUCUUUGAAAUCAUGAAAUCCAGAAUCGCUCCUGCGAUUACGUUAUAUCCC